GCAAGGUCGCACGGAGCAUCCUCCGUCUAAACACACCUUAAAGAGGGCGAUUCCCCCGCUACCGGACGCGUACGGAGACCGAACCGCGGGCCGGAUUCUCGCAGUUUCCCGUUUUUAAAGGGGGGAGAGGCGGACAAAAAAAGGUGUGGACAACCGAGGACGAGCGGCGCGGCGGCUAGCAAGCUACCAGUCUUUGUAGCUGCUGGCGUGCCCGUUCGGGCUGUCGUUCGGAGGAAGCCGUCUCGUGAGGAACCGGACGUUGCGUUGGUAACGGAAAGGCGGCUGUCGGACGGCUCGUUUCGAAGUGUGGACCGAGUCCGAGAGUUCGGCUGACCAGCGCUCGGCCACCGGGAAGUUGGGUGUUUCGCCGCACCACCGCAAGCUGCGCUAGACGUUAAAGUUGACUUUCCCCCCCCCCCACCACCACCACCACCACCUAGUCGGCUAAUUUAUCGGUAUUGCCAUGUCAGCGUCGUCCCCCACGCCUCUCCCGCAGGGCGACACCGCCGCCGCGCCUGAGCUUGAGGUGCCGACCGCGGCACCGGUCCCGAAGCCCGCCGGUCCAACAUCCAGCCAGAGUAGGUUCCAAGUGGACCUCGUGACCGAGGCAGCCGGCGGCUCCCCCGCCGACGAGAGAUCCCCGGGCUCCGACGCUUCCCCGCUCUCGCCCGGCGGCGUGGCCGCUCCCGCCCCCGACGGCGCGGACCCGGGGGCGGCCGGCGAGGAGGCGAAAGGCCGAUUCCGAGUGGUGAACUUCGCGGAUCCGAACGGAGCGGCGUGUCCCCAGGAGCCACUCCCUGCGGAGGGGCUGCAGAACGGAGACACGGUGAUGAGCGAGACCAGCCUCCAGUCCUCGACGGGGGGUCAGCACCACUAUCACUACGACACCCACACCAACACCUACUACUUGAGGACCUUCGGCCACAACACCAUCGACGCCGUCCCCAACAUCGACUUCUACCGGCAGACCGCCGCGCCGCUGGGCGAGAAGCUCGUCAGACCCACCCUGUCGGAGCUGCACGACGAGCUUGACAAGGAGCCAUUUGAAGAUGGCUUUGCUAAUGGGGAUGAGCUCACGGCGGCUGAGGAUGCUGCAGCCAAAGAGGCGGCUGAAUCCAAAGGAGUGGUGAAGUUUGGCUGGAUCAAGGGCGUGUUGGUGCGCUGCAUGUUGAACAUUUGGGGUGUGAUGCUCUUCAUCCGCAUGUCGUGGAUUGUGGGCCAAGCAGGGAUUGCUCUUUCCUGUGUGAUUGUUCUCAUGGCGACAGUUGUGACGACCAUCACCGGCCUGUCCACCUCGGCCAUCGCAACCAACGGUUUUGUACGAGGAGGAGGGGCGUACUAUUUGAUAUCAAGAAGUUUGGGCCCAGAGUUUGGUGGCUCUAUCGGUUUAAUCUUCGCCUUCGCUAAUGCUGUAGCCGUUGCCAUGUAUGUGGUGGGCUUCGCUGAAACUGUCGUCCAGCUUCUUGCAGACGUAGAUGCUAUUAUGACAGAUGAUAUCAAUGAUAUCCGAAUCAUCGGCACCAUCACGGUCAUCUUGCUCUUGGGCAUUUCAGUGGCAGGAAUGGAGUGGGAGGCAAAAGCCCAGAUCUUCCUGCUCAUUGUUCUCAUCACAGCCAUUAUCAAUUACUUCAUCGGAUCCUUCAUCCCUGUCAAGGCUAAAGAAUCAGUGGGGUUCUUCGGCUAUGACGGUUCAAUCAUGCUGGAAAACAUGGGCCCAGACUUCCGUGAGCAGACAUUCUUCUCUGUGUUUUCCAUCUUCUUCCCUGCAGCCACUGGUAUUCUGGCUGGUGCCAACAUCUCAGGAGAUCUUGCUGACCCACAACUAGCUAUUCCCAGAGGGACCCUCUUGGCCAUCUUGAUCACCGGCAUUGUCUACUUAGGGGUUGCCGUCUCCACAGGGUCCUGCAUCGUCAGAGACGCCACAGGAAAUGUGAACAGCACCAUCAGCUCUCAGUUCAUGAUGAACUGCACUGAUGCUGCUUGCAAGUUCGGCUACGACUUCUCUUCUUGCAGAAACAACAAAACCAGCUGCCGCUACGGACUCCACCAUGACUUUCAGGUGAUGAGCGUGGUGUCUGGUUUCAGCCCGAUCAUCACGGCAGGGAUCUUCUCCGCUACUCUGUCGUCUGCCCUCGCCUCUCUCGUCAGCGCCCCAAAAGUUUUUCAGGCUUUAUGUAAGGACAACAUUUAUCCCGGGCUGGGCAUGUUUGCCAAAGGCUAUGGAAAGAACAACGAACCCCUCCGUGGUUACAUCCUCACCUUUUGCAUUGCCCUCACCUUCAUUCUCAUCGCUGAGUUGAACAUUAUUGCGCCCAUCAUCUCCAACUUUUUCUUGGCCUCUUAUGCGCUGAUCAACUUCUCUGUGUUCCAUGCCUCCCUCGCAAACUCACCAGGAUGGCGUCCGAGCUUCAAAUACUACAACAUGUGGGUCUCCCUGGCUGGAGCUGUGCUGUGUUGUGUGGUCAUGUUUGUCAUCAACUGGUGGGCCGCUCUCCUCACCAAUGUCAUCGUCAUGGGUCUGUAUAUCUACGUCAGCUACAAGAAGCCAGAUGUAAACUGGGGCUCGUCGACCCAGGCUCUGACCUACCACCAGGCCUUGACCCACACUCUGCACCUCAGUGGAGUGGAAGAUCACAUCAAGAACUUCAGACCACAGUGUUUGGUAAUGACUGGAUACCCCAACUCCCGUCCCGCUCUUCUGAAUCUGGUACACACCUUCACUAAGAAUGUGGGCCUGAUGAUCUGUGGCCAUAUUCGCACAGGCUCCAGAAGACCAAACUUUAAAGAGCUGGCAACAGAGCAGGCUCGUUACCAACGCUGGUUACUAAAGUAUGAGACUAAGGCCUUCUACACUCCCGUGUUUGCUGAAGACAUGAGGCAGGGCACCCAGUACCUCCUUCAGGCUGCUGGCCUUGGUCGCCUGAGACCCAAUACCCUGGUGCUUGGCUUCAAAAAUGACUGGAGGGAUGGAGACAUGAUGAAUGUAGAGACUUACAUCCACAUGAUUCAUGAUGCCUUUGAUUUCCAGUAUGGUGCCGUCAUUCUCCGACUAAAAGAAGGACUGGAUGUUUCUCACAUCCAAGGACAAGACGAACUGCUGUCCUCCCAGGAGAAGUCCUCAGGUAUGAAGGAUGUAGUUGUGUCAAUAGAUGUGAGCAAGGACUCCGACGGUGAUUCGUCCAAACCAUCAUCCAAGGCCACCAGUCUGCAGAACAGUCCUGCUAUACAGAAAGACGAAGACGAUGAUGGCAAAGCUCCAACGCAACCCCUGUUGAAAAAAGACAAGAGCCCGACCAUACCACUCAAUGUGUCAGAUCAGAGGCUGUUGGAGGCCAGCCAGAUGUUCCAGAGGAAGCAGGGCAAGGGCACUGUGGAUGUCUGGUGGCUGUUUGAUGAUGGAGGUCUCACCCUGCUGAUUCCCUACCUGCUGACUAACAAGAAGCGAUGGAAGGACUGCAAGAUCCGUGUCUUCAUUGGAGGCAAAAUCAACAGGAUUGACCACGAUCGUCGCGCGAUGGCAACGCUACUCAGCAAGUUCAGAAUAGACUUUUCUGACAUCACGGUUCUGGGAGACGUCAACACCAAGCCCAAAAAGGAGAACAUGUUGGCCUUUGAGGAGAUGGUUGAGCCAUACCGACUGAAGGAGGAUGACAUGGAGCAGGACGCUGCUGAGAGGCUGAAAAACAGUGAACCCUGGAGGAUUACCGAUAACGAGCUCGAGCUUUACCGUGCAAAGACUAAUCGCCAGAUCAGGCUGAACGAGCUGCUGAAGGAGCAUUCAAGCACAGCCAACCUCAUCGUCAUGAGCAUGCCCCUGGCCAGAAAGGGGGCGGUGUCGAGUGCUCUCUACAUGGCCUGGCUGGAGGUUCUGUCCAAGGAAUUGCCCCCCAUCCUUUUGGUUCGUGGCAACCACCAGAGCGUUCUCACCUUCUACUCUUAAGCAUACCGACGGAUAGAAGUCAAGACGAGCUACUCACACAGAAAUGCACCCGCUGCCUUUGAAAGCAGAGCCACAUGCACAUCCUAAUCCCAGGUGCACCAGUCAUGUUCCUAUGAUUGUUAAAACCAAGUCCAGCCAUUGACAAGAAUACUGAUUAGAAUAUUGACAGAUUUAAAAGUUCAAGACGAAAUGAUCCCGAGGAGAAGGUUUCAAAAUGCCAAGAUGGUGAUCCCUUGUUCUUUUUAUGUGACGUUGUCCUAGAAUGGAAACCGGAGAAGCCGCAGUUUGGCUUUUCAGGUCUUUAUGGGUCCCUCGCAUAAUAGAAAAAAAAGAAAUAGAUGAAUAAAAGUAAGUUGAUUCUCUCCAUUUUGAAAGCAGUUGAGCACAAUUUUCACAGCAUUGAUAUUACUUUGAUCUUGAUGUCUUUUUUUUUUUUGUAAUGCAGCAAUAAUACCCCCUAAUUGUUUCCUCUAGUUUGGGCAAGAACCAUACAGAACACUCUGCAGAACUCUUUAAAGCCUUAUGGAUGUGCCUUCCAUUUGGAUAAGAUUAAAUUAAUGCUGUCUGUUAUAUAUAUAUAUAUAUAUAUAUAUAUAUAUAUAUAUAUUAGUACUUAUCCGGGUAUAUUGCAUGAAUUUAGCAAAGAGUGUCCACUUGGUUGCAUGAAGACUGUCUCAUUUAUCGUCAUCAUUUAUCCUAAUCGGUUUGUUCUUGGCCUUGGUGUUUUAUUUCUGUCUCUGUUUGAGUCUUCCUUUUUAACGGUCAAAUAAAUUGAUAUAUUUCUUAGUGCUCUAUUCCGCUGCUCUUUUCUGUGCUCAACAUUACAAAACCAAUUUUAGCUUAAACUUGACGAGUUGAGCAGAGCCUGCAAUGUCAUGGUUAUUUGCUUUAAAUUUAGGAUGAAAAUUUCAAUGUUUCAUGUCACAAAUUAGCCUAACGGUUGAAAAGGUGUGAAUUUAAUUGCUGAUAAUCUUAUGGGGUUAAGAGAUUAGCUGCCCAGCAUGCUAGUUAACUAAAACAACUUUUAAAUCAAUGAGCACCUAAGUCUUCACCUGUUAACCUAUAUAUGAAUAUAUAUAUAUAUAUAUUUAUACUCAAAGAAACUGCCCUCCCCCAAGCCUUCAUAUUUUGCCUUAAAGCUAGAACUAGUGAUUGUCCUGACUUCCCUUUCUCUUAUAAGCCACACUGGCUCGAUGGUUAAGUUCCUAUCGUGGGGAAAUGCAGAUAUAGCAAUUCAUCAGUAAUAUGUAAAGAAUAUACAAUUUAAGUCCUCUUUAACCAGUAUUCACCAUACAGUUGUACUUGUAUAAACCAUCUUAGUUUGUUUUUUACUUCGCGUCCACCUUACAUGGCAUCCGUGUGAGGCUGCAGGAUGGAUGGUAUGGUUGCUACGGGGUUAGCCUUAGCCUCAACGGUGCUGGUUUCUGGUCUGUCUUUUAGCCUCUAGAGUUCUGUUAACUUGUUCUGCCACAGAGGAAGGCCCCAAACAUGACCCGUGCAGGCAUUCUUAGAAACAAGAGAAUUCUUAGGAAUUGGUAGAAACAUGGCGGGCUUUAAGGCCUUACUCGCGCCUGCCUUCAGAGCUGCUGGUCCACCAUCCUGUUUUGUCCUCCUCUUCCAGCCCCCCUCCCCUGUUGGUUCCACAUCCUCCCUUCUUAGUGUGACUGUUUGGUAAGGACAAGGCCAUUCUUAGUUUAAAACAGGAGCUGUCAUAGAAGGGAUGUUCCCCAGUGUCUCCAGGUUGGUAUUGAAGACAUACCUCUGUGCAUACGAGCUAGCGUAUGCCUGCUUCAUUUGUUUCUAAAUCCCCAUUCAGCGACUGAUGUGCCGCGCUCCAUUUACCUCAGUUAAUUUACGGUAUAUCUCUCAGGCAGGUCUCUCCCUCGCCUGGCACAUUUGUUGGUUCUGUGUUGAAGGUUAGUCGGGUCAGAAGGGAGACCCUUGCACUAGGGUACAAUGGAUUUGAAAGACGACUAUUUAGUUGGAUACCCGAGACUUUAAAUCAUUCUAGGUUACUGCGUAAUGCAAGAUCAGGAGAGUUCUGCGUUUAGACUGUUGCUGUUCCUCAAGCCGUCUGGCGGUCGUGUUAGCACUGAGAUCAUCCCGUAGAUGGACCGUGUCCUAUAAGCAUCUUCACAGGAGGGUGAAGCUGAUGCUCGACUUAGCUGAAUGUGAAUCUGAACACUACUAAAAGGAGUUGGCGUUCAUUCUGCUUUGGGUUGUCCUUCUCGUUCCUAUGAGCUGUUUUCUUGCCAUGUUAUUACAAGUUCGGUCUACUUAGCUGUGAAUUCCUGCUCGGCGUGUUUCAUGUGCCGCCCAGAGCACUUCCUCCCACCGUGCGGCGUCCUGCUCUUUGAAGGAUGAGAUGGUGGGGAAUACGUUUCCUUCAGGUGUGCGCAGAGCAAGUCGGUGGCAGGUGGAUCAGAGCAGAGGUGUAUGAUGUGUCGGGUGCACCACGAUGAAGCACUCACCCCGUGUCACCCCGUGUCACCCUGUGUCACCCUGUGUCACCCUGUGUCACCGUCACUAAGACACUGCACUGCAGAUACAAACACAGGGUUUCUCUAUUUAAUAUGUAGAAAACUCUCAAAGCUAUGCGGGCAGUUUUCCUCAUAUUCAAUAUCCACGUCUAAAACAAAAAACACAGGGUGUUCUCUAUAUAGUCAACAUGUGCAAAACUCUCGAUAUAACUUUGAGAGGGUCUUGGUCUUUAAUGUCACAUUAAACAUAAGCUUACUGUUGGCAUUUUACAGCCAAAUAAAGUCUGUCGGUAUGUUGUUGUUGUUGUUUUUUUUUUUUUCCAUUCAUGUAUCGAUAGAUAAAAUGUAAAAGCUGCCGCAAGUACAGAAAGUACCGCGGCCUUCUCCUGGCCUCUGUUCAGACAAACCAUCGUUAUCACUGUGCUGUGUUGGAGACGCCACACGGCCCCCCGUGCGGACGCCGUGGUCCAGAUGUUCUCUCCGUUCUUAGCCAAAGCUCCCCCUCCCCCCCCCCCUCACCACCCCUCCCCCUCCCCCCCCCAUCUAUUAUCAGUUGAACAAAGAUUGUAACUGGAGGAAAAUAAAAUGGUCCACCUACCUUGUGACUGUCAACUGCUUUACACUACAAUCAAAAAGAGUAGAUCAAUUAUGAGUCGUCUAACAGCAUAAAUUGUGGGAGCAGAAUAUUGUCCAAAUUAAUACGGGGGAAGCUAUAUUUAUUUUAGUUUAGAAUUUUCUCCAAGUUAUUUUUUCUUUACUUUGGUUUUAAGUUAAUUUGCAUGUUGAUUUGUUUUGCCUUUUGAUUUUAGAAAAUUUUUUUGUCUUUUUCGGUAUGUAUAUUUCUAUCUUUUUUGAAGAAAAGCUAAUGAUGACAGCUUCGAUGAAAAGCAGUUGAAAUCUGUUCCUGCUCUCCCAGUGGAUGGACUACCCAGCCAAUUGAAACAGCGAUGUUUUGAUAUACUGCACUGUUAACUGUCACAAAUAUGCUUUUUCUAACAUUUUAACAUUAAUGAUUUCCAAUACUUUGUACAUCUUUAUUACAAUAAAUAAAUCAAACGA